AUGACGCUCACAGCGAGGGCAUCGCUAAGAAUAGCUACCAAUCUCUUCUUCUUUAUCAUAAUACUAACAAGCAUCAAGCAAGCCAACGCAAGUGUCAAAGAACAAGACAAGGCAGAUUCGUGGCAAUGGCUUCCCGAGGCGCAACAUCCUUGUACUAUCCAGCGCUACACACUCGAUGAAAUCUACGAAACGUUUGGUCCCGAGGGAGUCCCGGCUCUUCAUGAGACGCCCCUCGUGGUGGUGGCGAAUGGCAAUGACAAGUUGCGGCAGCUGACCCAAGAAGACACGAUCCUGUCCAAUUUCCCUCCCAACUUUACCGUCACUCUUUCCAGUUCCAAUUCCUUUUCCCAACACCGGAGGACCGUGCCAUUGGAAACCUAUCUAGACGAAAUGAGCCACAACAAUGGCAUCACGUCGCCUCAUCAACUCAGCAAUGAAAGCUGGUAUCUCUUUGGAGAAACAUUCACGGAGGAUUGGAAACAAGUGACGAAACACUACGAACUUCCUCCCGGUCAAACCUGUCAACCCGAGUACGUGGCUCUUUCCUUUGGAGUUGGAAAUCGAGGAUCGGGAGUCCAGUGGCAUAUUCACGGACCGGGAUUCUCCGAAGCAUUGCAUGGGCGCAAGCACUGGGUCUUGUAUCCGCCGCAUUACAGUCCACCCUUUUUUCAUCAUGAUCAAUCCACACGGAAUUGGAUGGAAUACACGUAUACCAAUGAAACCAAGUUGAGGCUGUACCAUGCCGAUUUCCUUUUGAAGCAGCAACAGCAAGAUGUGUGGCAGAAACAGGACAAGCAGCAUUCCAUCUUGCCCAAUGGACGACCGUAUGAAUGCACGCUGGAACCAGGCGAUCUCAUUUACUUUCCUGAUCGAUGGCAUCAUGCCACACUCAAUUGUGAUCCGUACACGGCAUUUAUAUCCACCUUUACUUCGGACCACCUGUAUCUGCAAGAUGAUCAAAAGAGACAGAAGACUGGAAACAAGGAAGGGCUGUUUCGAAGGGAAUUGUAG